AUGAUUAACGGUGCUAUGGCCGAGAGCAAGAAAUUGUAUGCCUACUACCAGGCCUGCUCGGAGGGUGGUCGCGAAGGAUGGAGUCAGAUCCAGCGUUAUGAUGACUGGGAUGGUGCCGUUGUCGGUGCUCCCGCUUUCCGAUACGCGUUCCAACAAGUCCAGCAUCUCUGGUUUGAUAUGGCUAUGAAGAACUUGGAUUACUACCCGCCACCCUGUGAGCUGACCAAGAUCCUCAACCUGUCCAUUGCUGCCUGUGACCCACUGGACGGAAUCACCGACGGCGUCGUUUCUCGCACGGAUCUUUGCAAGAUUCACUAUGAUCUUGACAAGGCUGUUGGAGAGGAGUAUUACUGUGCCGCUACAGCUAGCUCUGGCGGCUAUGGGAAGAGACAGGCAUCUUCAACACCCGCUCAGAGUGGCAAGGUUACUGCCGAAGGCGUGGCACUGGCCAAGGCUAUUAUCGGCGGUAUGAAGGAUAGCAAUGGCAAACAAGUCUAUCUUUCUUACCAGCCGUCGGCAACCUGGUCUGACGCCGCAACUGCCUACAACUCCACGACCGAUUCUUGGGAGCUGAGUGUUAGCGGAAUUGGUGCAGACUGGAUUGACCGUUAUCUGGACUUGAUCGACAGCGAGUCAUUGUCACUCGAUGGAGUCACCGAAGAUACGCUGAAAAGCUGGAUCUACGAAGGAUGGCAGAGGUACGAUAGAGGUAAAAUUCUCCACGUCCAUGGAGAGUCCGACUUCAGUGUUCCGGCCGCAUCAUCCGUGCGCUACUGGGAAUCUGUCCGUAGUGUCAUGUAUCCACAUUUAUCCUACACUGCCAGUGCUGCCAAGCUCAACGAGUGGUACCGGCUGUACCUGAUUCCCGGUGCUGGUCACUGCUCGCCGAGUACUGAUCAGACGAACGGUCCUUUCCCACAGACUACCCUGCAAGUGCUCAUCAACUGGGUUGAGAAGGGAGUGACCCCGUCUACUCUUCCUGCUACUGUCUUGCAGGGCUCUGAGGAGGGGAAGAGCUGGGAGCUUUGCGCUUGGCCUCUUCGUCCUUUGUGGACUAAUAAGGGCGCCAAGUUCGAAUGUGUAUAUGAUCAGACUUCGAUUGAUACUUGGCACUGGGAUUUGAAUGCUUGGAGCCUUCCUGUGUACUAA